AUGGCAUAUUAAAACAAAACAUUUACCAACACUUUCAGAACAAUGUUUCCAAGAAAUUACCAAAAGUAUCUAUUUAAUUAUUACAAAAAUAUAAUGGGUAAACAGGCGAGUCACUACCUAGAGCUGAAAGGAAACGGGUUCCAUAAAACUGGAUUUUAAUGGAUUGCAACUAACUAUUAGAAAUUAAAUAUUUAGCUCUGGCUUUAUUAGCACUUGCCAGUUUCACUAUCGGUGACAACUAGUUUCUAAAUGCUACUGAACUUAAAAAUUAAACUUGAUUACCAUAUAAGCAGACAGUUCUAAUAAACAAGAAAGUCAAGGAAGUGUAAAAUUCUAGGUCACUUGAAACGCAUUUUGGCACAAAUUCUUCUUGAUUCUAGAUUAGUAUUUAUACCAAUAUAUAUUCUGGCAGUUUUCUCCUGGCAAUAUAGACAAAGCAUAUAAGAAUAUAAGAUAUCGGCUGGCAACAGGAAAACUCUCAACAACAUAAGAUAAACAAACCACAAUGAGCACUACGACCAAUAAAAAUGACCUUGACCGUAGCCAGCAAAACCUGUAAUUCCAAUUAUUCGCACCCGGUCCAAUAUAUGCAACGCGACUGUAGCUGCUGCAUUGUCGGUUGCGCUCAAAAGUAUGCAACAGUUUUUACAACCGGACAAAAGAUUUUCGUUUUAUUUUAUUCACAUGUUAUAAGCUUUAUACAUCAUGUUUGUUUUGUACUUUGCACAAAUUUAAUACAAAAGGAAAAACAAUUUUAUAAAAUGCCAAAAAUUUCGGCUAUUAAAAUUCACAAUGCAUUUUUGCAUUGAAUGGACAUAAAGUUCUUGCAAUCUCUUUUUUUCCUUUUGCAAAUUGCAAUUCUAAGGCCGGGGGCGUGUCAAUGGAAUUCGCCAUAAAGAAGCCAGCGACCGAAGAGCUCACGGCAUGAACUUAACCUUCAAGUAGCGGUACAGCCCAGGCCCCAUACACAGGCCCAGCCCAGAUACAGACACGCCUGCCUAGGCAGACGCAGUUGCAUGUGGCGGCAACGUCUGGUGGGUGUGGCCCCAUUUUGAGGCCUUUGUUCAGCCCGUUGCACUGCCUUUGGCGCUGCUUUCGACGUGCGGGUUCAUUUCUUUUGGCUGGAUUUCGUUUUCGGUUAAAUGGCUUGGUCCAAUGCAGCGUUGGCUCAUUCCUCGCUCAAGUCGCGUGAAAGUUGGACGCCAGUCAGCGCAAAGAAAGCAACCAGCCGACAGCAACAGACGACAACAACAAGCAGCUACCUUUAUAAGAAAGAAAUUCCUACAGCCGAGCAAGAACAAACAAAACAAAAACAAAAUCAAACGCAACGAACUGGUCCGUUUUGACCCACAUACUGCAAGCUGAGAGCCCAGCGCUAGAAUUUCAGUAUUUCGAGCGUCUAGUGAAAUUUACCUACAAAAAACCAACAAUCACAACAACCAACAGUUAUGUGCCACAAAUUUGGAAUAAUAUUGCUGCUGUCCACAGUGGGCGCCAUUUGGGCCCAGCAACAGCCUUACUAUCUGCAGCAAUGCCCUCGCGAUGAGGCAGCUAUUAACGAGUGUCUACGUGAUAGCGGCAACAAAUUGGUGCAUUAUCUGCAAAAGGGCAUACCCGAAUUGGAUAUUUACGAGAUUGAGCCCGUGGUUAUCGAUGAGAUCGGCAUUGUGCUGGGCAGCGGCCCGGAUGGCUAUCGCGCCCUCUUCCGUAAUAUUCAGGCCUUUGGCGUUAGCAAUAUAACUGUUACCAAUGUGCGCUCCGACUUGGACUCGCUGCAGUUCCAGCUAACGUGCGAGAUACCCCGCAUACGCGUCAAGGCCCAAUACCGAUCCACAGGUGUGCUGAUCUUGGUAAAGGCCUCCGGUGCCGGCGAUUAUUGGGGCGAGUACGAGGGCGUCAAGGCCAAGAUCUACUUCAAGGCUAUGGCCAAUGAGGGCGCCGAUGGACGCACAUAUCUGACCACGGACUCGGUCAAAAUGGACUUCAAUGUCAAGGAUAUACAAAUGGGCGUUGACAACAUAGCCAACGGCAACUCGGUUAUACAGGCCGCUCUCAAUCUGUUCAUCAACUCGAACUCCCAGGAGCUGCUCAAGGAAAUGAAACCCGCGCUGCGCACCAAACUGACCCUCGUCAUACGCAACUUCAUGGAUCGCCUGUUCGCCAAGAUACCGCUGGACGAGUGGAUCAACUUGAACUAGUUAAGUCCCUUCGAUUUAGACGUCCGACGAGUACUAUUUAGUAAGCACUAAUUUAUUGCAACAUGACACAAAUUCACCCAAAAAAAAACAAAAA